GCUAUUAACGCUUUUAUUAUUGUAAUUUUAAUUUCUCAAAUCAGUUGAUUAGGUUAACUGUUCUAGUCUCUUUUUAAUUUCUGAGUGCUCAAUUAUCAGGAAAUUAGAUUUCAAAAUUAUCCAAAUGGCUGAAGCUAAACUUGCAAUGAUCGAGGACCGAAUCCAGAUAUUCAAACUUUUGCUUAAAGCAAUCCAAGAAUCUCAAGCUGACUUGGACGAGAUUGAUUCAUUAGUAAAUAAAAUGCAAAAUUCAACAAUUGGUAUUUUUGAUACUGUGGAUAUCAAUCAAGAAAUAGCUAAUUCAGAUUCGACAAAAUUUGAUUUGAGAUCAGCCAAUAAAAAUAUCGAGAUAGCAGAACCAGAUUUUUUAAAGAUACAGCAAAAGAUUCGAGACGAGACUUUGAAAAAAGUUGUAAAUAAAGGGCAAAAAGAUUCAUGUUCAGUACCAUUAAUAGAGACAACUCUUGAAAACCAAGAAACACCAAUGAACGAAUGGCAAAGGUCAAAAAUAGAACCACAUGAGACACCUGAACGUGGUAACUCAAUGGAUAAAUUGAAUGGUUCUAUCUCUCAUGAUAGCAGUAGUAGUGAUAGUGAUUCUGAUCAUUCUCUUGAUAAUAUAUCAGCUGAUCUAUUAUAUCACACUUCGGAUAAUCAACAAUCAAACUCAAUAAAUAACUCAACUUAUUAUGGUAUCUCAUCCAAUGCUGGCUUGAAGCGCCCAAUCAAAUCACCGAAAUGUUCAGUAUUUUCAUUACCUAAAACCUUAUUGGCAGCCAAAAGGAGAAAACAGGAAUUAAGGUGGAAAUUGACCGAAAUUUCUCAAGCAUCACCUAAAGAUAAUGAAGUGUUAACUUCAGAAUUAUCUAAAAAGAAACAGCGAACAAACAAUAUUCCCAAACUUAAAUCUGUAGGCACUACAGAAGCAAAGCCUGAUAUUAACAAUAUUAAUAUUAAUACAAUUGAAACAAGAUCCUUCAACAACGAUCCACUUACAAUGAAGGUUAUCUGUAAAGCGAGAAACAAAAAAGCCGAAACCAAAGUCUUUUGCCUAAAAAUGUCUAAAAACGAUACAUUUGUGGAUCCUGAAAAUAUUCACAUGCAGUUGAAAAGCUGUAUGCGAAGGUUUGGUAAUGAUUCAAAGUCAAGCUUCGUAAAAUGUCAUUGUAACAUGUGCCUGUCAGGAAAACCUGUUAUCGGUCGCAGUCAUAAUCUGCUAAGCCAUUUGUAUCGGACUGAAAAUAUUUUACUUCACUGUUGUUAUUGUGAUAAAAGCACACAAGACAUGAAACGAAUGAGGAAACAUAUUCAAAAGUAUCACUGGAUUAAAGGGGAAAUUUUACAAGAAACUCAUGUAGAAGAUGAAGAAUAAGAAAUGAGAAUCGCUACAAUUAGGAUCAUAUUGGCCAUCAAAAGCAAAUGCCUAUCAAAUGAAUUGGUAUUCAUCAGCUGAUUAAAAAGUACACACAUCAGUCAUUCAAUAUCAUCUUGCAUUUUGCUAGCAUUUCACUUCAUGUACAGUGUCAUCAAUCUUGGUUCAACUAUCAUUGUCAUUGUAACAUUAACCCUAUCACAGUAAUCAAGUGCAUUUAUGUGCUUAUAUCAUUUUACAGAAAAAGAAACUGACAAAGUGUGAGUUGAAAUAAACAAUCAGCUGCCAAAUAUCUAAACACACUUCUUGUAUAUCAGAACUGACAAUGGUGCCAAUUUUAAAUCAAUACGAUGAAAAUGGUGUCAACUAUGGGAUUGGGUUAACCACAGCACUUGUAAUACAUAAUCUGAUCUUCAAUCGCUUUUCAACAUGAUACUCAUCAGUUUAUUAUAAUCAGACUUCCGAUCUAUGUGAGUCGGUUUUAGUAACCGGUAAAUGGAGAGCAUCACAUUUUGAAGUAAAAAUUCACUAAAUAUAAUCAUUAAAUCCAUGCAACUUUCAAA